AUGGUAGGCGAUCGCUCGCCACAGCCUCCUAGGGAGACAUGGGAGGCCCUCAAGCCGGACAUCCGCAGGUGGUAUCUCAGGGAGAACCGAACUUGCGAGUAUAUCCAGAAACAGCUCCGUCUUCGCAGUAUCUUUGUGAGCGAGAGGCAGAUCAAGAACAGGUUGAGCGAAUGGAAGUAUGAACGCAAGAAGACCCCCCACCAGCAUUAUCUUGCCAUGUCGGUGGUGGCGGAGGCAUUCAAGGCUCGCGGUCAUGAGGCUGUUUUCGAGGUGCCCAAAAGGGAGGAACUGGUGACUUAUAAUGCUCAAAAGGUCAAGAAAGAAUGCGAAAGGGUGAAGAAAAGAUAUCUAUCACACCGAGAGUCUCUCAGACUCCCAACUCUUUUCGAAGCAGAAUACACGUUGAGAGUUGCUGGCAUCUCCUGGAAAUUCAAGGACCAUCUGGUAAUGCACAACAAUCACGCGGCGAGAAUCCAGCUAUACGGCCCACCACUGCAAUGGCAUACAAGCCCACAUGAUCUACCACACCGGAUUGUUACCGUGCGAAAUGGCGACAUACUCACGAACGGUGGGAGUGUCCCAACAUUACUUGAAAACCGACAAGAUGACGAGGAUUCUCCCCUGUCCCAGUUGGACCCUGUACACACCUGCAACAGCCCUGAAGACGACCCGGUAUCUCAAAGUCCAUCGCCCCCGAAGAUAUCUCCAAAGCCAAACACACCACCCAGUGUCACCAGUCCACAAGAUCUCCCACCCCCAAUCCUGACAGCGGCAACGACUGGCAGUCAGUUCUUACCACUUGAGCCAAUUUCCUGUAACGAGCUUUCGUGGAAGGCCUUGAUGGCAGAAGUGACCGAUGGCAGGAAUGUAUUCUUUCCAAUGAAUCCGACUCAUGCGGUGCUGAGUUCAACCCUUGAAACGUUCCCAGUCGAGGAUGAGGCACAUUCUCGGUUACAUGCCAACUGCUCUAUAUCUCCGACGGCAUCGUUGUUUGUACUUGCUUCACCCUCUGACACAAUCUUCAACCCCAAUGCAUGCCGUUCAUGCCCACCACCACACUCUCACCAAAGCUACGAUUUUGGUGAAUCUAUCGGAACGCUCUGUAAGGGUAUCAAGUAUGAGCCACCCGAGUAUCCAACCUACUUCCACUCUGUGUGCUCCUUUCAGGAUUCCAGCGAAGAGGACCGCAAACUAAGCGCCAGUCAGUGGGCAGCGCCGUAUUACGUGCAGUGUUUUUCCGAGCAACCGCAGGAGGGCAUCCUCGAAUACCGCAAGUCUCAGUCAAUGCAUAUCCUGCAGUAUGCUUUGGAGCACAACAACGAGUUCAUCCUUCCAUGUCUGAGCUGGACAAUGCUGGUGCUGGGACAGACUCAACGCAUGGGGCAACUAGCGGAUUUCCUGUCUGCCAGUUGUUCCAUCAUCAGCUCUCAGCCCGCCAUGCGAAAGAGCUACACGUACGAGGUACCCUUCCGAUACGCUCUAGCUUGGGCCAGUAAUGAUCUUGACGAGAUGGAGUUGCACGGGGACUCACUAGGACGGUCUCACACGCAAAUCGGGCAGAUCUGGGGCAGAGAGCAUCCAAAUUUCUUCGUCAGUGGCUACCUCUACGCAUGGCACUCGAUAUGGAGAGGCGAUUACCAUGGAGCGUUAAGACUGUUAACCAACAGUCUACCGGUGUGUGAGCGGACAAUGGGCCGUCACGAUCUUUUGACCAUCAACUGUUUGUCCAUCGCCGCGAGAGCUUAUGCACAUCUUGGUCAUAUCAAAGCGGCGGUGCAGUGCUAUCGCAGAGCAAUGAGUGCAACGCAACUCUUGGAAGAAGAUCAGGCCCACGUCGAAGCCCACGGACCUGUUCUCCAAUUAUUUCGUUCCACGCUGCUAGCCCGACAUGCGAUGCUUCUUUUCCGCCUGCAAGACCCUUUCGGCGCAGAGAAACAACUCCGGAAGGUUCUGGACAUCCGCCUCCUGAUCCGCGGUGUCCACAACCUCAUUAUUUGGUGGGCUGCCUGGCCUCUCGCUUCCCUGUUGCAGGAAACAGGCCAAUACGCCGAUGCGAAUGCCCUCAUCAACGAGUUGCAUCAGUGGCAUUACUGGGAGCAGGAAGUCGACCGGUGUAUGCAUGUGGGACUAUCACCGCCCCCUCGACCCCUGUUCCAAUGGCUACGGUUUGGGCUGAGCCGCACCAAAAGGGAAGAGUCUCCUCUCUGGGAAGUCGCCAGUAACCUUUCCCCUUCCCAGAUCUCCGGCGAUGCAGGCUUGGAAUUGUCUCCUCCUGACGCCAUGCAACUCGUCCACCAGCCCUUCACGAACGGAAGCGCGGAUGUUUGUCUCACCAUGGAAACGACUCCCUCAGGGACGAGUCCAUCAACCGACCAUGCCUGGGACUUGCUGGAAUUUUGA